CCCCGCAUGUUGCUUUCAGUUCCUCCUGUCUCCUUCAACCUUAAAGGUUACUCUCUGACUAAAUUCGGUCAUUGAUACUUGUGAAACAGCUUGUAACCCACGCUGAAAAAAGUUUUGGAAAGAUGUCUGACCCAGAGACUCAGUACCAGCCUCUCGUUGGAGCUCCCAGCCAGCAGACAGCCGUCAAUGAACCAGCACAGGGUGGCCGUCCAUCCCGCGCCUACAAGGUUGCAGGUUUAACCCUGUUAGCCUGUAUCCUGAUUGCGGGCCAGGCAAUGGUUGCGUACUUCCUCCUCAGCCAGGGCAGCGACAUCAAAUCUCUGGAGGAGCAGAACAACAACCUGCAGGCUCAGCUGAUGAAGGGGAGAUCUAGUUCAGGUCCCAUGAGGAUGCACAUGCCAAUGAAUGCUCUGUCUGACAUGCUGGAUGUUUCAGCGGACGAGGAAACUUCGACCACGGCCCAAGGAAAAGAUGCACCAGAGGCUACUGAGUGCCAGCUGGAGGCGUCUGGUUUGAAGACUGUACUGGUGCCAGGUUUCCGCCCCAGCUGUGAUGAGCGCGGUCUCUACCGCCCCCAGCAGUGCUUCAUGGGGAACUGCUGGUGUGUGAACCAAGCUAGCGGCAAUGAGAUCCCUGGAUCCAUGACCAAAGGAGCGGCCAGCUGUGGUGCAAACUACCUCAUUGGCGGCCGAAGCAAAGUGCUCUCUCUGCCUGAAGUUGCUGCCUAAAACUGUGUUGAAGCUGAUGUGAUCUCCUCCAGAGACCAGCAACAGAUCAACAGCAGUCCAAAUGAUGACAUUGCAACAACUUUUUCAACUUAUAAUCACCAACAUUUUAUAUUAAAUGAUAAGUUAAUUGGGUUUAAACGGCAGUUAUUAUCGACAUAGAACUUUUGCUUUUAAUCAAAUCUUUUUUUGCUUCUAGAGUUGAAAGUGAUACAAUAGUUUGUUUGUGUUUUCCAGACUUGACGGUUUUAUUCAAAUGAUGAUUCAGCCAGUUUUGUCUAAAAUAAACUUGUCACCUAGUUCCUUAAAAAAAAAACAGAAAAUCAAUAUAUCAUGGGCAGAUCAUAAUUUUUUAUUAAGAAAUGUGGACUUUAGCAUGUUAAAAACAUUGGCAUUUCCACUGCCCUUCAACAGGUAUUUUAAAACAUAUUCAGAUAAAGAGAGCAGUCAGCAGGAUCUUAAAUGUGUGGGUGAAGCUGAAGGGAGGGUGCUGUGACUUUAAAAGAACUGUCUCACAUUUUAACACAAUUAGUAAACCAGAAAUAAUCAAGCUUUGAGACAAGUGUAUUUUAUCCAUUUAUUUGAGAGACUAAAAUAAACCAUAUAAAGACA